AUGAGAGAAGUCAACUUCAGCAUACCCAAUGUCAAUAAGGCCUCUGUCCAUAUUACCACCACUCUUUAUGACCGUCGAGCCCUGGACUGCACCUCGACCCUCCCCCUUAUCAAUUCCCUCAAUCACUUGGCAUACCUGACGACUUCUUCUGCACGUAUUCGAGAUAUCCUUACAGUCGAUGGCGGCGUUGAGCGCCUGGUCUGCAUAUUAAAGGAGGGUCGGAGCAAAGAUGAAAUGCACAUGUGGAAAUGGAAUCUUGCUUUUCAAUGCAUCGUGAAUAUUGGUGUCCGAGGGUCAGAAGGUGUGCGCACGCGUGUCGUGGAAGCAGAUAUGGUACCUGUUAUCGCGACAAUCUUGUGGGACUACAUCUUGGUCAUCGAGAUGGAAAAGGCAAAGGCCGAUGCUGAGCAGGAGAAACGCAAUGGCUCCAAGCACUCAGGGAGUUUCAAGUCCUCCAAACUAUCUCGAGAACUCGCACAAGAUCCCGCAACAAGGACGUCCUUCUUCGAGCAUCUGCACGCGGCUACCGAUCACCGUUCCAAUCGUCGCCAAGCUCCUCCACCGUCCUUGGAUCUCCCACAAUCCUUUUCGCAGAGUUUUGGUGCCACAGAAACAGCCCCUGCGGAAGGAGGAAGCAUCAUGCCUCCCAGCGUUUUCACGUCACCUCCCGAACGGACCAUGUUUCCUCGUCGUGAAUUGCACCAUCACAACCGUGGUCAAGAGAGCAGGAAUUCUUUCCACAGGUCUCUUAACCUGCAACCACCGGCUACUGCGGUACCCUCGAUGGAUGCUUCCGACGGAUUCUCUUUGCGACCUGUCCGGGAGGUGGAUAGACUGCCUUCAAUGCUACCACCCCUAAACACGGGGGUGACAUCUCAUCCCGACUCACCGACUACUCCAUCUGCACCACUUCAUCGCGGAAUGCUCUCUCCUGUUGGCCGCCGUGUGAGAAGGCCGUCCAUUCGACAUCAAAAUUCCACCGGCGAUAACGACGAUAUUGGUAUGGAGGACGUGGCUGGCCCCGACGACGACCUCCUGGAUCCCGAGGCUCCAGCUGAUGGUCGUAGCAGGGUCCAAACUCGGGAUCCUAGUCCUCAUGAUCUUCACGAAUUGGAUGGCCGGCAACCACUGACGCUCGCCAUACCUCCGCAGCAGGCCCGAGAAAUUGACAACAAUGUGGAUAUUGCGCAGCAGACACCGAUCACCGCAGGUAUGGGCAAUCCCUUGGGGGCAGCUGGUCUCGAGGCAUUGGGGGCGUCGCCUAUCCCCCCUCCGCCUGCCACUGCUGCUUCUCCUGCAAUCCCUCUUAACGCAUAUCCCAAUUUCUUCCUAAGAAACGCCACUGCCACUGCCACAACAGCCCUGAUGCCCCGCGAUGAGGAUGUUUUAAUGGGCUUGCAAUUACUUGCUUACAUCUCCAAAUACUGCUACCUACGGCAUUACUUCCAAGCCACGCAUUUAGUUCCCCGACUUAGGAUCGAUCGAGAGGUUGAGAAAAUUUACGGGCCUAUGCGAGGCUGUGCACCUCUUCCAGAACCCACCGAAGACGAAGACGAAGAGUUUCUGCAACCCGACGACUACAAUAUUUUCCCCCUGGUGGAGAAGUUUACCGUUCGUCACCACUCCAAAGAUAUGCAAUAUUGGGCAUGCGUGGUCAUGCGCAAUUUGUGCCGCAAGGACGACGCCCGGGGAGGAAUUCGUCAAUGCGCCAACUACAAGUGUGGGAAAUGGGAGGAGUACACACGCCAGUUUGCCAAAUGCAGGCGGUGCCGUCGCACGAAAUACUGCAGCAAAGUUUGUCAUUUAAUCCCCUAA